UUUGCUUUAUGACAAAAACAGCUUGUAUUUGUAGAGAUAACGUGUUAUCAGUUAAAUAUCCCGCAGCGAUAGUUAAAAUAAAACCGAAAAAGAAUGAUUCCAUAUUAUUAAUAUUUAAUAUCGAAUAGUGUAGGAGAAGAAAAAAAACACCGUCAAAUAGUUAAUGAUUGAUAUCAAGCUGAUUACGCGCCAACAUUGACCUCUAGCGGCCGCGCGCGUCAACACGAGCUCGCGCAUCUCAUACACAGUCCUGUAAACAUCAAACCAAACAUCGCCACGUGCAGAAAAGUGCAGCAUUGCAACACUCAGAACUAAUUGCAAAUACAAACCAAAUGUUUAUGAGGAACUUCUUCAUCUGAUUUAUGACCUUUUAACAGGUAAUAAUAAGGGUUUUUGGCCAUGCACCAUGGUAAUCCCUCAGUAUUCUUUAUACACUGGAGUAAACAGCAUCAAGAUCAGAGUCACAGAGCUUCAUCUCCAUCUAGUGGCCAGAACAAGCAUCUUCGACAGAGCACACUACACACUCAAUGGAGCUCUGUUUCCUGCAGGAAGUGUUUGCAGAAAGCCUCUUCACAGACUCCCCUUCUCUGUUUCUGCUGCUUCAUCACAUGCUGAGAGAGAGAGAGAGAGAGAGAGAGAGAGAGAGCAGGGGGUUUCAGGUGACACCCGCGGGCCACGAAACCUGAAGCGGGGCUCUCCGUUACACCAGCGCUUAUUCUUCGAAACACUGAGCAGAGAGUCCCUGUGUUUGGAGAGACAGAAACAGUGUGUGGUGACUGAGAAACAGAUUUUACUACAAGCAUGUUUUCAGUAUUAGAGUGAAUCAUGAUAGAAGUCUCUGGAGGAAAGUUCCCAGCGAACACAAAUCGUGUUUACAACUUUUAUGGAAAAGUCUUUACAACAGCUUUCAUGACGAAGUGUGUGUUAGUUUGAGGGCAGCUGGGUCUCCGGUGGAGGCGGGGGCGGGGGCGGGUCUCGGGUUUCACCGCCUCCUGAUCUCCGCUGCGCUCCGCUCAUUGUUCCCGCGCGCGUCAGAAUCGCGUGACAGCCGCGACGGACAGCGUUCUCCCCGCGCGCCGCUCCGCGAGUCAUGCCCGAGAUGGAGACGGAGCGACCUGCGGAGAACAAGCGCAGCCGGAAACCUGCUCACCCGGUGCGGAGAGACGUGCGUCAGGAGAUGAAGAGCUUUGCUGAGAGCACCAUGAAUGAGUUGUUGGGAUGGUACGGCUAUGAUUCAGUGGAUCAGCAGGACUCACACAAACACACAUCUGUUCUCAAAGAGAACUCUGUGCCAAAGCCACACUCCUCAUCCUCAUCUUCCUCAUCAGAGGUGCUCAGAAGCGGUGAGAAGGCAUCUCCAGUGUCUCCGUCUUCAUCGUCACACUCUUCCUCGCCGCGUGUGAAGGAGCAGAGCAUGAACGUCAUCGUGCCGCUCAUCAAACCUUCAGCCGCGGAGGACAUCCAGAGCGAGCCGAUCGUCUGCGUCUGGUGUCAGAAGGAGGGCAUGAAGCGCUAUUCUCUGCUCAUGGGCUCCGAGCUCAAGAGCUUCUGCAGUGAGAAGUGUUUCGCUGCGUGUCGACGCGCCUUCUUCAAACACAACAAGGCUCGAGAUGAGGAUCGUCAUGGCGACCAGUCUCCGCCCCCUGGUCAGACGCUGGACACGCCCUCAAGACUUCUGCUGAAGAUGAACAACAACACGCGUGUGUGUGAUUGGUGUAAACACAUGCGUCACACUAAAGAAUACCUGGACUUUGGUUCGGGCGAGGAGCGUCUGCAGUUCUGCAGCAACAAAUGCCUGAACCAGUACAAGAUGGACGUGUUUUACCGGGAAGCUCGUGCCGCCCUCUCCAGCUCUGGCUCCUCCCACAAAGAUGAAGAGGACCGCCCCAAAACGGCUGUGGCGGAAAACCAGAAACUCCUGACCCCGGAGGCCUGGGACAGACCAGAGAAAACCCUCUCGCCCCGAAGCCCUCCGCAACAAACACCCGUCUCCGCAUCGCAGCCGAGGAUUCAGACCAGAGUAUCGCCCUCUUCUCCAGCUCGUCCGUCUCAUGUUACUCCAGAACAGCCACGCCCACCUCAGAUGCCCCUCCCCUUUGUGCGCCCACCCCUCCAGGGCCUGCGAAGCCCCGCCUCUCACCCGCCCCGUCCCCUCAGCCCUAUCCAGAGGGCUUCCUUUGCCCCGCCUCCUCUCCUCCAGCCCUUCCCCGCCCCUUACAUGCCCUUCCACCCGGCGUACCCGCCCCCUUUACCCCCGCCCUGGCCGCAGCCCAUGAUGUUAUCACCCUAUCCAGUUUUUGUGCCAAUCCCGGUGCCGAUUCCCAUUCCCAUCCCUGUUUUCCCUCAAACGGGCCACACAGGAGUCAUUCGAAAGCUUCAGGAGCAGGAGGAGGAGCGUACGCCCGAUCCGGGUCACUCGGAGGAGCCCAACAGCACAGUAAAGACGGAGCGAUGCGCUUCUCCUCUCACGUCGGAGCGACAGGUGAUUCAGUGUCUACACAAACACCCAGUGAAAGACGAAACUCACACGCGUGAAUCUCCAACGCACAAAGCACUUUACACGUCUGUCGUCAUGCCGACGGCUUCCAGAAUAGUCACUCCCGCCUCUUUGUACUCAUUGGCUCGUUCGACCGCCAUACAAGCCGCCUCGUUCUCACUGGACAGCUCCUCUCCGUCUCCUCUCUCCGACGGUGAAGAUGUGAAGAACAGCUGUUUGGGUGGACGGGACGACGGCUCGACCAAUCACAGGUCAGAAAAGCAGAUGGACUGCCUGAUCGACCAAUCAAAAGAGAGCCAGAAGGAGGAGGAAGCGCCGCAGGAUGUAGAGCACACCUACGCACGGUCCAUACCGCCCAAACUACGCGAGAAAAACACACAAACACAUUUACACACUCAGACUCAAACCUGGGAGAACAACACAGAUCUGGGAUCUGAGGCGAGUGGACGAGACGAUCCAGAACCAGCCGUGAAGAGACGGUGCUUGAGAAUCAGAGACCAGAUCAAAUGAGGACCGCGGUAAGACCACACACACACACACACACACACACACACACUCUCUCUCUCACAC